CAAUUGACUUGCUUUGGUUUCUUACCCUUCACUUCUUUGGCUAUUUAUACAAGUACGUCCUCAUACGGACCCUACAUCUCCUUGCUGCAAAUUUCUCUCUUUUCUCUUCAAUGCCCUCAACCUCUCUCUCUUUCUCGAGGAGAGUCGUCUAACCAAAAGCUAACCAUACCACAACCAGAAAGGCAAGAGAGAACUGUAAUUAUACCAUGGGGAGAGCACCUUGCUGUGAUAAAAAUGGACUCAAAAAAGGGCCAUGGACUCCGGAGGAGGAUCAGAAGUUGAUCGAUUAUAUUCAGAAACAUGGUUAUGGAAAUUGGAGGACGCUGCCAAAGAAUGCUGGGCUGCAAAGGUGUGGAAAGAGCUGCCGUCUUCGAUGGACCAAUUACUUGAGGCCUGACAUCAAGAGAGGAAGAUUUUCUUUUGAAGAGGAAGAGACAAUAAUUCAGCUACACAGUAUAUUGGGCAACAAGUGGUCUGCCAUUGCUGCUCGAUUGCCUGGAAGAACAGACAACGAAAUAAAAAACUAUUGGAACACUCACAUUAGAAAGAGGCUUCUCCGAAUGGGAAUCGAUCCGGUAACUCAUAGUCCUCGACUGGAUCUUCUCGACCUAUCCACGAUCCUAAGCUCAUCUCUCUACAACCAAUCUCAAAUGAACAUGUCGAGGUUACUUGGAGUCCAAUCCUUUGUUAACCCUGAGCUUCUAAGGCUAGCCACUUCUCUUAUGUCAUCUCAAAGUGAAAACCAAAGCGAAAACCAGAACCAAAACCAAAGUUUCCUUCUUCAAAAUGUUCCAGAAAGCCAAGUUUGCGGUUCCCAAGUCCAAAACCAGUAUCAACCAUUAAUGCAAUCUAACCAUCUCCCAACGCAAGUCCAGGAGAUCCCAGCUUGCAACUCAUUGGAUAGUACUCCUUGUAUUCCAUUUUCUGGCGACGCACAACUCAUGAACCCCAAUGUGGACCACUUUCCAACAAAUCUCACCGACUUAAGUGACUGGCAAGGCAAUGCGAUGCCUUCAAAUUUGACUGAAGAUUACUUGCCGCUACCUCCAAACUAUAACUAUUACGGCGCCUCUGAUCAAACCGUCAUGGACCCUUCCUCAGACACCUCAAACUUCCACUCCAACAACAGCAACCAGAGCUUCAGCUUCGCGUCAGUUUUAUCGACGCCUUCAUCAAGUCCAACCCCAUUGAAUUCAAACUCAACGUACAUCAACAGCAGCAGCACCGAAGACGAAAGAGAAAGCUAUUGCAGCGGCAUGUUGAAGUUUGAAAUCCCAGAUAUUUUGGAUGUUAAUGAAUUCAUGUAAUUCCCCAAAACUCACCAAAAAAAAAAAGAGUUUCCCUUUUGUCCAUUUUCAUGGGUUCUUGGAUUUACUGGGGGGUUGUUGAUACGUGUAAAAUUUUCUACUAAUAAUUAAUUUGUUGCAUUUUUCUUAAGCUUACUGUAUUAGGAAGCAAGAUCCUACCUUUGUCUCCUUUUUCUCUUUUUUAAUAUAAUGGGAAGUUU